CUGCACUGAACUGACCGGAUCGAGUUGUUCAUCCGCACCGCACCGCACCGAAGCUUCUCCCUCCCUCCCGGCCUCCCUUGCCGCCGCCGCCGCCGCCGCCCCGCGCCCAUCGCCCGACGCCGACGCUCCUCCGGCCAGAUCCAACCCCCUAGCUACGGCGCUCCCUUUCUGUCCGUUUGAUGGGCGGCGGCAGAGGCAUGUAGCUAGCUAGGGUUUCAACAAUGAAGUCCAUCCAAGACUAUCUUGCUCGCUCCAACUCCAAGUCCAAGAAUUCAGAGUUGGUUAUGAAAGAUGACAUCCCUCUGGGUCUUGGAGCUGCCAAAAACUCAACUGCUGCUCCUGAUUCCAGUCAUGCUGUUGAAGAAGAAUAUGUUAGUAAGAGAAAGCUGACAUCGAGUGUGUGGAAAGAAUUCAAGAGGAAGAAAAUCGACAGCAAGUGGAAAGCCGAGUGCCUAUGGUGCCAUAAGAGGCUCGGAGGGGACACUAAGAAUGGCACCAAACAUUUGCACGAUCAUCUCAGCAAAUGUCCUCGUCGCAGGAGUAAUAAAGUCAGCAAGCCAACUCCCUCCAAAUGUACAAAGGAUAUUGAUCAGGAACCCACUGUUGCUUCUUUAGAAAGCUCCACCUUUAGCCAGGAUGUUGCCAGGAUGGAGCUUGCGAGAAUGAUUAUCUUGCAUGAAUAUCCUUUGUCUAUUAUGGAGCAUUACGGUUUCCAAAGGUUUGUUAGGGCUCUUCAACCAUUGUUCCAGCUGGUUCCCAACAGUAGUCUUAAGAAGGAUGUUAUCAGCAUUUAUGAGACGGAGAGGGUCAGAACCAGGGAAAUUUUGUGGGAGGCUAAAGGUCGGAUUGCAAUAACAGCAGAUAUAUGGACAUCAGAUGAUCAAAAUAGAGGUUAUGUGGCUGUCAGAGCUCAUUUUAUCGACCAAUCCUGGACAUUCCAGUGCCGUCUACUGAGCUUUAUACAUGUGCCAUGGCCGCAUACAGCUCAAGCAAUUUCUGAAACUCUGUCUUCUUGUUUGAACGAAUGGAAUCUUGGAAGGAGGGUAUCAAUGGUGAUGGCUGAUGAUUGUUCUACAGAUGAUACGGUUACGGGGCUCUUAAAGCAAAGGCUGGAUACCGAACAACUUUUGUUAGGUGGGUCUUUGCUGAACAUGAGAUGCUGCGCCUAUGUGCUAAGUAGAAUUGCCAAUAGUUGCCUGGGUGUGAUGGGAGGUGCUGUUGAUAGGAUCCGCGCCAGUGUUGAUUUCUGGACAGCAACAACUGAAAGAGAUGUAGUGUUUGCUGAUGUUGCUCGUGGUUUGAAUGUUAAUCUCGACAAGAAGUUGACUCUUGAUUGUAAUAAUAGAUGGUACUCUACCUUAUCCAUGUUAAAUGUUGCCAUAAGCUACAAGCAAGUCUUUGAUCACUUAAGGCAAAUAGAGGAACAGUAUAUUUGUGCUCCUGAUGAUGAUGACUGGAAAUUAGCAAAAGAGGUCUGCAGUAAGUUGAAACUGUUUUCUGACAUUGCAGAACUAAUUUCAGAGGCUAAGUAUGUUACUGCUAAUAUGUACUUCCCCAAGAUUUGUGGAAUUCGGAUGGCCAUGAGGAGAUGGCCUGGGUGUGAGGAUGAACUGAUAGGAAGGAUGAGAAAUGAAAUAGCCGAAUUGUUUGAGAAAUAUUGCGUUGAAGUUCAUGAUCUCAUGGCUGUGGCAACUGUCCUAGACCCCAGAUAUAAGCUUGAGCUACUGCAGUUUUAUUUCCCCUCAAUUUUUGGUGAUGAGGCAUACAAUGAGAUAAAUAGAGUCCGGCAGCUCUGUUAUGAUUUGAUCAAACAGUAUCAGGGUCCCCAAUCAAAAGUCGGUGCAAUGCAGCCUUGUGGGGGGGAGGAAGAGGGUCCAGAUCAGUUAUCUAGCUUCGAUCUAUAUAUCGCUUUCAAGUUCUCCAGUGCAGAUGUCAAGUCAGAACUAGACAAAUACUUGGACGAGCCUGUUAUCCCUAGAGCAGUAGACUUUGACAUAAUAGAUUGGUGGAAGAUUAUGGGGAAGAGGUUUCCAACUCUGCAGAUGUUAGCAAGAGACAUUUUAGCGGUUCCUGUCUCAAGGGUAGUUUCUGAAUCGGCGUUUAGCAUUGCUGGAAGGGUUUUGAGUCCACAGCGUAGCAAGCUUUUACCUGAUACACUGGAGGCCUUGAUGUGCUCACAAGAUUGGCUUCAUGCAGAAAACAGAGGUGCAGGAUCGUCAGGGCUCUUGAGCUGCCUCACUUGCCUGGAAGAUGCUGAUGUAACUACAAAGGAGUGAAGUUUGGACGCCUGUUGAUUGUUUGCUACAAAUAUAUGCUGAAGUUGAUCUCGCACAUUCACCAGCUGAAUUAAAGCGCUGAGAUCUGGGUUAGCUUUUUUUUUGGUUUAUCUCAAGAGUAUUGUGGGUAAGGAAGGUGGUGUGUAUGUUGGAACUGUGAGGAGUCUACUAAAAUGAAGAAAGCAUUCAGUUGAUCAUUCUUUUCAGGAAA